AUGAAUGAUUUAUUAACAUUAUUGCAAAUUAGUAUUGUGAGUGUAAUUGGAAUACUUGGAUUCAUCUUCAAUUGGCUUUUAAUCUUAGCAAUUCAACGUAAAUCAUACUAUUAUCAACAACAUCAACAUUUACAUCAACUUACUGGAUCAAGUUCAACUCCUGUGACUACUCCUUUUAUUGCACAUUCAAGUAUUACUGCAUUAAAUAGUUUACAACAAGCAGCUGCAACUGUAGCAGCAAGUCAUCUUCAACCAACUAAAACACCAAAAUUUGAUACAUUUAUUUUCUCAUUACUUAUCAAUGAUAUAAUUGUUUGUAAUUUUUUAAUACCAUUACGUUUAAUUGAUCUAUCAACUGGUCUUCCAUGUGAUUUUUUAUGUUAUACAUCAAAAUUUAUUGAAAAAUUAUCUGCUGUUAUUGAACAUGUUAUUAUUACUUUACUUAUUAUAACCACAUUUUUUUAUUUUUCUAAAACACGUUUUAAAUCAUUAAAACAUCAACCAUCAAUUUCACGUAUUUGUUUCUUCUUUAUUAUUCUUUCUUUACCACUUAUUGGUAUGUAUGUAGCAGGAACAUUUUCAAUAACAGUAAAUGAACAACAAAAUUUAAAAAUUGAUCGUUCAUCAUGUAAAAAAACAUAUGUCUAUAUUCAAGAAUCUACUCAAGCAACAUUAAAUUGGUUAUGUUUUCUAUCUACAUAUGUAAUAUCUGGAUUUGAUUUAUUAUUAUUAAUUAAAAUUAAAUUAUCAAGUAAAAAUUGGACAUUAAAAAAUGUUAGAAAUUUACCAAAAUAUGGUGAACAAUCACCAUUAGAUAAUGUUUAUCAAAUGCAGAAUGUAUCAAAUAAUACACGUUCUACACAAUUACAAACAACACCACCAAAUCGUUCACCACCAUUAGACUAUUCAAGUUAUAUUAAUUUAAGUGAAUUUUCUGAUGAUAUUCAUACACUUGGUAAUAGUACCUUAUUACUCUUAUUAUUUUAUAUUCUCUUCUAUGUUCCCUAUUGGAUGCAUGAAAUAUCUCGACGACAAUCUCAAUCACCACCUUCUAUACUUUUACUUAUAUUAAAUGAUUUAUAUUUGUUUACACAUGCUAUUAAACCAUUAUGUUAUUUAAUUACACAAAAAAAAUUACGUUCACAUAUUUGGGCAAUAAUAAGAUGUAAAACGUUUCGUAUAUUACCACAAUUAAUACAUCGAAAAUCAUCACGUAUGCCAUCAAUGAAUAACAAUAUUCAAAGUCAUAAUUCAUAUCAAUACUAG